GGAAGAGGCGGACUGACGGAGAGAGAGCGAGCGAGCGGCAAAAGACAAGCUCACUCGGGCGACUCAAACCUCAGUGUGCCUGGAGCCUUCAGAGGGGUAGGGAUGUGCCGCCCACCGCUCCGUGCGUGUGACUCAUUCUGACGCUUACCCUGGUGGAGUGCAUUUUAAAACUAGCUCUUAUCUUUACACGCUGGGCACGAGUGACGGAGAGAGUGUGUGUGAAAGAGAGAAAUAGCACUAAUACGUUGAACUUCACUGAGAGAUAGAGAUAAUUAAAGAAAAUAGAGAAACAUGCGAUUUUUUUUUCUUUUGUCGUAAAAUUUACAUAGAUAAUUGUUUGUUCGUGCGUUCGUGAAUGACUGUAUUGAGUUACUGUAGGAAUUAAUACAGUGAUUAUUGUGAUUGGUGAGGUCAAGAGUACUGUGACCUUGCCUGUGUGACCUUACUGUGACCCGGUUCUGAUACGAGGUCGCUACUCCUACUACUACUACUACUAAUACUACUGCUGCUGCUGCUGCUGCUGCUGCUGCUGCUGCAAGGGACAGAAUUGAUCACAGCAGCAUCACACCCUUGAGAGCCACCACCCUCCUUGUCACUACCACCGUGCCACCGUCACCUGUAAUACCACAAGAAUAAACCCACUCAGAACACAGCAGCGGGGGUCAGUGCCAAGACAGUGCCAGGAAACCAGACUGCCGUGACGCAUAAGGGCACUGGAGUGAGACAAAGGAGCAUCGGGUGCCAUCUAUCGGGAGUGCCACGCCCUUCACGCCCCAUGCCUUGCUGCGCCACGCCUCCCCUCGCGACGGUGGAGCAUUUUAUUGCCUUCUGCGCCCCCAAAUUCUCGCCGGAUCAGUGAAUUCAGGGACUCAGACGCUAGAGCAGGGAAUUAGAUUAUCUGGUCCUGUGAUCCGCGCGUUUCCCUCCCCGCCCUUCACUCCACGCGCCCCAGAAACACCCCGCCUCUUCACCCCAUCCGCCUUCUGGCCUUGGGAUGAGAGCCUUAGGGGACGAGGCUAAAUAGACUCAAAAGAGGAUCGAGAAACCAAGCAGAUCAACAGACUUAACAGAUUCAAAAGUACCAAACAGUUGAUAAGACAGGCGCCCUCUGAGCCUCUCCUGAAGGUGCACGUUACUUGGAGGUCACCUUUGCCACUUGGCGCUGAGAAUGUCUACCCAGAGGCGGCGUGGCUUGACCAGAUAGCGGCGCCCUUCCCAACACCCCGCCCCCCACACCCACACCAUGGACCUCCACACUCCCGAACUCCCCACGCCACCAAAACACAGAUAUUUUUCUACCACACCCCUUCAACCCACCCCUGGAACUUCCCUGAGGGCGCCACGGGGCCAGAAAGUCACGGGAAGAGCCUUGGCCUUGACUCUGGCGCCCACACCAGCCUCACCCUUACACCUGUUUAUCCUGACAUUCCUCCUCCUUCUGGUACCUCAAGCUGAGUGCUUCAGUGACCCUUCCUAUGCCACCCAGCGCCUCUCAGCCUCUUCUUACGAGUCAUACGAGCAUGAAGUGUGGCUGGAGGAGUCCGGGGCGUUUGUGGUGCAGUGGACUCCGAGGCAGGACGAUGUGGAGUUCAGGGUGAUAGCGAAGACAACUGGGUAUCUUGGUUUUGGUCUGUCCUCCAAGCCGCGAAUGGAUGGAGCUGAUAUCGUGGUUGGGUGGGUGCACUCUGGGAAGGCGUACCUACAAGACCGCCACGGGAGGGGGAACAAGGAGCCCGCGGUGGACCAGCAACGGGACUGGCUUCUGGUUGGCGGGUACGAGAAUGAUACACAUACGGUACUCAUUAUGUCCCGCCCCUAUAACACCUGUGAUAGCCACGACCACGUCAUCUCGAACGACACAGUACGUCUACUUUGGGCGUACCACCAGGACGACCCCGUGGACCCAGAGAGCCCACGCCCGCGCCUGCACUACCACGGGGGAACACGCAGGGGAACCAAAACCAUAUUUCUCCUGGAGCGGGGACAGAAAACCCCUGUGAGGACAUUUCCUUACUACCUCCCAGGGGCUAGACGACCUCCCCCGCCCCCCAGCCUUCCUCACGCCACCCCCACCUCCCACCACCACCACCAUCACCACCACCACCGCCGCAACCCCACCACACACUCCUGGAUCCUCACCAACCCCGGCGUGGUGGUGCAGGAGAAAGAUGAUACUGUGUACUGGUGCAAAGUGUUCCGCAGGCCUGAGCUUGUGCAGAAAAACCACGUCAUUAGGUACGAGCCCAUCUUCACGCCAGGCAAUGAGCAAUACGUGCACCACAUCAUUGUUUACGAGUGCACGGACCUGGCGGAGGGGCAGCAGGAGGUGUUUGAGGGCCUGGCGGCGUCUGCAGGAAGUGGGUGUUAUGAGAAAGAGAUUUUACAGCAUAUUGAAACUUGUAAUCACGUUAUGGUCACCUGGGCCGUGGGAUCAGAAGGGUCUCUCGCUCCCCCCGAGGCUGGCUACCCCCUCACCCCCCGGGGACCUAAAUAUUACAUGAUGGAGACCCAUUAUGACAACCCAGAGGGACAUCUUUUCAAGGAUGAAUCUGGAAUUAAAAUUAUGUAUACUCAUGAAAUCAGGUACCACGAUGCAGGUGUUCUGAGUGUGGGGUUGGAUCCUAACUGGAAGCACCUGAUACCGCCGAAGCAAAGAACAGUGUUGUCUGAGGGGCACUGCGUGGGGGAGUGCACCCAGCUUGCCUUCCCCCCCUCAGGUAUCCAUGUGUUUGCCGUCAUCCUACACACACACCUGUUGGGGAGGAAGGUUCGUGUAAGGCACCUGAGGAACGGAAGAGAGUUGGAACCGAUAGCUCAAGAUAAUAAUUAUGAUUUCAGUUACCAGGAAUACAGGGCCUUGCAUCGCCCCCGCACUGUUUUGCCUGGCGACCACCUGAUAGGGGAAUGCACCUAUAACAGCAGGGAACGCUCGUCUAUCACUUUAGGAGGAUUCAAAACUCGGGAUGAGAUGUGUUUGUCGUUCCUACUAUACUGGCCUCAAGUCAACCUGUCCCUCUGCCACUCUAAGCCCUCCCUGAAGACUGUGCUCCAUUCCCUGGGCAUCAAAGAGCUGUCUGCUAACUCCAAUCCUAUCACAAUUCGUCGCCCCAUGGAGUUGGCUGGAAAGACUCUCGAGUGGCGACUAAUGAAUUAUGACUGGAAAAGCCAAUUCCAGAACUUCCAGCACACAACACACACUGGAACCUACAAUCCCAUGUGCUGGAACCGAGGAGAGAGCAUCAUUCCGCACAUAGAGGAGGAAGACCUACAGUACCCCAACAUCACGGACCCUUGGGCGGCGGAGAACGUGUGUCGCCGGCGGAAGCGGAAGAACAGGCGCCGCAAGAACAAGGCGGGGCGAGGACGACCCCACCACGAGGACGAGGAGGCGGCGGACGACGAGGAGGAGGAAGAAGAAGGCGGAGACGAAGGGGACGUGAUGUUUGACGACCAGAUCAACCACAGGACGAUUGAAAGAGUUGAUGUGGAUCCCUUCGGUCACCGCCACCUCUUCAUGCCGGUGCUGGAGGGACGCGGCGAGAGCGGCGAGGGCGUGGAGGGCGUGCAGGUCCCCGUCGUCCCUGAGGUGAACCCUGAGGAGGAGAUAAAGGAGCUGGAGGAGGAGAUAGAAGCGGAUCUGGAGAUGGAGUUGGCGGGGAAGGAGAGGACGGCGCCGCGGAACAAGAUGGGCGUGGCGGGCGGCUGUGGGCGUGUGUCUGGGCACUGGACGUUGUGGGUGUGGGCGUGGUGCCUGUGGGCGUGGAGUGCGACCCACGGCCUGGCGCUCAGACAAGGCUGAGGUGCUCCUGAGGGCGUGGGUGCACCGGUGACCUAAAGUCGUGCAUCUCUUGAGUCACGGCGUCGCUGCAGGAAGGUCACACGGCGCCGGAUGGAGAGGAGGAGAGUGAAGAGCCACUCACUUCCUCACUCACUCAGUUACUCACAAGUGUUGCCCGGACGCUUCUUUCUUCAGGUUCACUUCAAGCGCCGCGCCGCCGCACCGCCGCGCCGCAACGCCGCAAUGGGGCCGCCGCAAAGCCGCAAAGGGGCCGCCGCGGCGCUGUGUUCGCGUGUCGCAGGGCCGCCCCUCCUGCCUUAGCGCCUCCGUGGAGGGCCUUGCCGCUGGCCGGGGCGCGCGUCUGUGUGUGUGCAAGUGUUCGAGGGCGUGGCGUCGCGAGAGGAGUGUGGGGGAAGAGGGGGGCAGGUACACACGCGUCCCCCCACCACGCACCGCCUCCCCGCCGCGGCGCCGCACCUCCGCUACGUUCCAGUGCCUCAUUUUGUACAUUAUUCGCUUCUGUGUGUUGCCGAGGGGCGCCGCGCCGACCCCUCCCGUGUACCUCCCGCCGCGACGCAAGUGUGUGUACGUCAGUCAGUCAGUCAGUCAGUCAGUGGGCCACGUGUCAUUGUAAGGGGAUAGGCGGCCAAGCUACAGUCAAGUCACCGUGGCGCCGCUGGUUCUCGCGUCACUGUCUCGAAUUAACUCGACGCGCGAGAAGAGGAAGAGAUUAUUUUGUUUAUUAGGAGCAAGACGCGCCUUGUGUUGUGCUGUGUGGCGCCCAGGUAACAAGCUUGGUGUUGUGCAGGUGUGUUGUGCAGGUGUGUGUGUGCGUGUGUGUGUAUGUGCGUGUGUGCGUGCGGCGUAGCGUCUCUCUCGUGUUUUACAUUUAGAAAAAUAAGAAAUGCUCGCCUAGGAAUUGUGCAUAGAUGCCUCACAACACUUCAGCAACACCAACACCAUCAUGUCCAUCUGUUUUCACCACCAUUGUCACCAUUAUUAUUAUUAUUAUUAUUAUUAUUAUUAUUAUUAUUAUUAUUAUUAUUAUUAUUAUUACCGAUACCUCUGCUAUCAAUCCUUUCUUACGUUCUGUUUGUUUGCUCACCUGGUUCUCUUUUCCCGUAUCUACCUGUAAUUAAUGAAGCACAGCGGUAUAUCUGCCUGCUGAUUAAGAGGCAAAGUGAGGCUGUCUGUGUCUUGUUGGUAAUAUACAGAAACAAAC